AUGAGUACAAAAUUGGAUUCGACUGGUAAAUCUGCUACUGCCACAGCAACAUCUCCUGUAAAUAAUGCCUCUUCGUUUACUAAUGGGAAGGAUUUAGCAAUCCAAAAUCAGCAUCAGAAUAAUGACCAUGGCACUUCUAACAAUAUAUCUUCUUCCGAAUAUACUGACAAGACUUCCAAUUUAGAUGAUACUAAAGAGUAUCUCAACCAACAACAUAAGAAUAUAGACAACCAUGCAGUAAUAGAGAAUCAUUAUAGUGAUGGGAAAGAUAAAAGUCCGACAAAUGACAACAUGGGCGAAAUAUUAAACAACCCACCUGAAAUACAGCAUGUCGAAAUUAAUCAAUUGCCUUUGUCGAAGAUUAUUAGAAAUUUGACAGUCUAUACCAUUAAAGAAAUUUCUCAAUAUAUGAAAACGAAUAACCACACAAAUGGUCCUACAUCGUCAGCUACAUCUGCAAAUGGUUCAGGUGAUAUGAAUUCAAGUUCGUCAAGAAAGAUCCGUUUUUUAAAACUAAUUAUCUUUCUAAGAAAUCAAUUCCUAAAAUUAUACGUUCUAAUUAAAUGGUGUAAAACGAUAAAAAAUAACAAUUUUAAUAUAAUGAUAGAUCUUUUGAAUUGGUUCAGAUCUACAAAUUUAACUGUGAAUAAUUGUAUUUGGCUAUUAAAAAAUAAUAUUACCAAUAUGAACAACGCCAAAUUACCUAAUGUAGAUUUAGUCACUUCAUUAGAGGUUUUAUCCUUGGGUAAACCGAAUUUUUCUUCCAAUUCUACUAGACAAACAUAUGAUAACAAUUCAAGCAGCAACCUUUUAAGCUUGGAUACUUCAAUAAUCGAUAAAAAUAUUAAAAUACCUCCUGAUUUGAUUUUGAAUAAAUUGCAUGAUUUAAAUAUAUUAAUUUCCACCAAAUUAGCAUUAAUGAAUAUACCAGAGCAAUUCAAUAAUUAUAUCAUUAAAGAUGGUCGUGUGUACAUUACUGCCAAAAAUGAGUUUGAAAUUCAAUUGGCAACUAUUGAUAGAAAAUCUCCGUUAUUCUUUGUCGAUUUAAAACUAAACUUCUUCAACAAUAAUCAAAUAUUCAUCCCAAUUAAUAAAAUCAAAUUUGAAAAAAUUAUUAAUGAAAUCUUAUUCAAAUCCAAAAAUCCCUUAUUUGCUUUGUACAAAUUCUUGCAUAAAUAUAUUAUCAGUUUACAAUUAUUUUUAAUUCAUAAUGAAUUAUUAAUCUUGGAAAAUGACGGUAAAUUUAAUGGUGGCAAUUUGGUACAUCGUUAUGACUCAAAAAAAAAUAUUAUUUCAAUUAGAUAUUGGUUGAAUGUUCAUAUGGGGAAUAAAGGUAAAAUUAUCAUUGGAAUCGAUAGAAAAUCUGAUAAUUUGAUUUUAAAAUGGGAUCACGACAUCGCUAAAAACUCAAGAUUACCAACAAAUUAUUUUGAUAUCUUGACAAAUUUAGAAUCUGUCUUGGACGAAAUCAUGUUCAAUCACGCUCAUUUAAUUAGAGCUGAAUUAUUAUCGAAGGGUAUCUUUCAAGAAGAUGAGGAGAAUUCAGAUGUCUUAUUAUUUCAAAUGCCAACUACCUGUUUAUCUGUGGCACCAAUUCAACUAAAAAUUGAUUUAAAAAGUGGUGUAUUCUAUUUUAAAAAUCCAACUUCACUUUUACAGCUAUACACUAAAAAAAUUAAUAUGGCAAACACUGCAGAAGAAUUAACAACUGUAUUACAAAAUUUAAAAUUGGAUAAAAUUAAGCAAGUACUACGUAAUAUGUUUGAAAAGACAGGUUGGGUUUGUAGUAGCGCUGUUAAAUUAGACAAGCCAAUACAGACCAAGUUUAAUAUAAUUAAUACGUAUAAUAAUAAUAGUAGUAGUAGCAAUAAUAAUAAUAACAAAGCAAAGCAAGAUGGAUCUCCGGCAAGAACUAAUAAUGAAGUUGAAAAGUAUACCCUUCUACAAGAUGAUAUAUUCAUUUGUCUGCCCAGUUGGCCAGCUCAUUGGUAUUUAAUUCUAACUAUUAUAUCUUCAAAUACUUCAUGUGUGAUUGAAAAGCGUGUAGGUAAAGUUAUGUCAGUGAAUGGGAAAUGGCAAAUUGUUUAUAUGGAUGAUUCAAAUGUUAACCCUGUUAAAUUGGAAACUAUGACAUAUAAAAAAAUUAUGCAUUUACAAAAAUCAAUACUAAGAAAGAUUAUUAAUCAUAUGAUUAUUGAUUCGUUAAAUCAAUUAAAAAUUAGUAAUAAAAUCUGCUCAUCUGAAAAAAUACUAUCGAUUUUACCUGAUUAUAUUUCAGUUACAUCAAAACCGACCCCAGGCACUACAUCAUCUGCUAUAGUUAACUCUAGCACUGUAACUUCAAACAUUACCCCUACGCAAAUUCCACACAACAAUGAUUAUUCACCAAUAAUUGCAUUGGAACUUAAUUCUUUCUUAGACGGGUCAGUUGCUUCCAAUACAGCAUUAGAAAGUUCAAUGUUCUUAAGAAUUGAUUAUUCAACUUCUGAAAUUAAGUUGUUUGGUAGAUUUAAGAGGGAUAUCAUGAGCUUGAAGUGCAGGUGCGAUGAAUUAAUGAUUAACUUAGUGAAAACUGAUCCUUUGGCAUUUUAUUUGGGCAAAAAAUUUUCAAAUUUAAAUUUUAUUGUCCAGUAUUUAACAGAAUUUAAACAAAAGUUAUUUCAAUUAGUUGUUGUAACCGAUGUUGUGGAACGCUUACACAAAAACUUUGCAUCAGAUACUUUUGAAAUAGUGGCAUUGAAGCCAAAUGAAAUAUCUUUCAAAUAUUUGAAGGAUGGUCUUGAUUCAAAUGAUUGUACUAUUCAAAUACAGGACAAAGAUAAAAUUAUGGAGAAAUUAUCAAUAACAUUAUCACCAUCUAAUCCUCAGCAUAUUAUCCAACCAUUUAUUGAAAAUGAAAAGAUGGACUACCAUUUUGUAUUCAAUUAUCUUCAAUUCACGUCAUCAUUAUUUGCGACUCUGCAACAGAUUGUCACAAAUAAUCAAACAAAACUGGAAGAAUCUCAAACAAUAGUGAGUUUCGGUUUACAUAAUUUGUAUUCUUACCAAAUCAUAUUCUUCUUACCGCCUAUUAAUAAAACAUUUAAUAUUCUAGUAGAUUUAAAGAACGUUUCUCAUAAUGAGUAUUGUAAAAUGAAAUACUAUAUUCAUUUUUCAAAGAAAGAAGAGAACUUAGCAAUUAAAUCACCAGGGUAUUCAUUAGUAAGGAAGAUCCAAAAAAAUAUUUUCUCGCUUGAUACCAUAAAUAAAGAUAAUAUAAAGAAAUAUCCUACUGCUAUAAGACUCUCAGCUGGUAUAUGUUGUGAUUCUGAAGAUGUAGAAUUCAUUCUAAAAGAUAUUACCAAAAUAUUCGAUAACUAUGAUUCAGUAGAUACACCUACUGGGGGGUCAACAGGAGGUAUCCCAACUCCUGCAUUGACCGCUGCUAUGUAA